CUUUCAGAGCCACACCGCUUUGCUACAAACCGGCAACCACAUGUUGCUCACAUUUCAUGAGAAAACUCUCAAGCGGUAUCAGUGAAAUUGUUGUUAAGCGCAACUAUGCCACGGAUCUUUCUAAUACUGCUUCUCAUCACCGGUUUUGGAGGAUUUAAUGGCGUUCAACAUGAAACAAUGUGCACCUUGAAUGCCUGCUUCACUGUCUAUAUGGAGAAGGUGACCUUUGACAAGGCCAAUCAGAGCUGCUUCCACAAUGGAGGUUACCUGAUGACAGUAAGAGAUAAAGAAGAAGAAGAUAUACUGCACUCUCUCCUCUUGCCGAUCCAGAAGGACAAGAGCCAAAAAUUUUGGAUUGGAUUAAAGCUCCACAGAGGGGACUGUGUGUUGGCUGACAAGCCCUUAAGAGGCUUCAAGUGGGUGUCUGGGGAGGCAGAUUCCCCCUACUCCAACUGGAAUAAAGAGCCCGUGGACACAUGCACAGAGCGAUGCGUAUGGGUUGGUUACAAUUCCCCCGUAGAGGAUCAGCUGAAAUGGACGUCCGGAGCUUGCAAAGGUCCGUCGUUUUCUGUGUGUAAGUUUUACUUUAAAGGAAUGUGCAAUGCUCUGCAUCUGUUGGGCUCUGGAUACAUUUUGUACACUCCUCCUUUCUCUGAGUCGCCACUAGAAAGUGAGAUGAAAUCCUUGCCACUUGGAACAUAUGCUGAAGUCACAUGCACCGAUCAGCAGUCACACCUUUCUGUGUGCAUCCAGAGGGAGGACAAAUAUCAGUGGACUGUACCUGGUCCAUUUUGCCAAACAGAAAAUGGAAAAUGCGCUCACAACAAUGGUGGAUGCGAACAUAUCUGCCAGCAGGACUCAGAUCAGGUAAAAUGCAUCUGUAACCAAGGUUAUGCUCUUGAGGACAACGGACUCUCUUGUAAGAUACAAGACGUGUGCAGCGUGGACGCCUGUGAGUAUGAGUGCGUCGUGGGAGAGUCGGGACAUAUCUGCAUGUGUCCCAGUGGGUUUGAAUUGGAAGCAAACCAGCACAACUGUUCUGACAUUGAUGAGUGCCAAAGGUCACACGCAUGCAGCGCCCACGUGUGUAUUAACACACCAGGCAGUUACACGUGUGCAUGCCGGGACGGCUUCAGAAUGAGCCGCGGUGACUGUCAUGAUCUGGACGAGUGUGUGCAUUCCAAAUGUACACAAGGCUGUUUCAACACCGUCGGCUCGUUCACUUGCUACUGUAAAAAAGGCUUUACUUUAUCAGAGGACGGUUAUUCGUGCGUGGAUGUCAAUGAAUGUGCUACUGUGCGUUGUCCCUUCAAAUGUGUCAAUACUGAAGGAAGCUUCAACUGUGUAUGCCCAGGGGACUUUCAUGUACAUGGCACUGGAACAAAUUGCACUUCAGAUGUGACGGAUGCAACAGUAAAUGAGUCAGUGGGCCAGGAAACACCAGGAAACGUCAUUGAGAUUGUAUCCAUGGCAACAGCGGAGGCCGAGACAACAUCCACACCCGCGGAUAUGCCCAUCCCGCUCACUCCAAGCAAUGCGUCCUUGUUUACAAGUGCCAAGGUGGCAAACUCCAGGGUGCUGAUCUGUGUACUCGGCUCAGUGAUUCCUUUGCUGCUUUUAGUCACUGUGACAUUAACGAUCGCCAUUGUGCGAUGUCGCCGAUUGAGAAAGGAAGCAAAGAAAAGUGCAACGGACAGUUAUUGUUGGGUUUCCUCUGGUUUCGAUCCACGCUUAGAAAAACUCUACGAAUCCAUCUUGACUGACGACCUAUGACUUGAUAAAGAGGAUUGCCUCACCUAGCCUGCAGAGCUCCGAGUUUGCCGUGAGCCAGCCGACAUUUGAAGAUGAACUACAGCACAGCAACAUGGCCUGCUUGAAUCUUCAGGUGCUGAUGACAUUGUCUCUACUUUCUAUGUCCUCUAUCAACACAUG